AUGUCGUUAGAUCCAGCUGCAACCGCCACAACCGCUACAACGUCAAGACCUAUUUCGCCAUUCCCAAAUCCAAACUCGAAACCGCACCAUCACUACCCAUCGCAUUCACAUCAACAACAACAGCAACAACAACAAACCCUUCCUCUUCGUACUCCAAUUCCAUUUCAUUACCCGUUCCCUUCUCCCUCGCGCGCCGCCGUUAAUCACGCUGUUGGCGGUUAUCCGCCUCCGCCUCCUCCGCCGCUUUUGUAUUCUCACGGAGGUGGUGUUCGCGGUAUGAAUUUGGAUUAUCUAAGUCACGCCUUGCACGUGACUAGACCUCUCUCUCACGUGCAGUUUCCUCAUCUUGCUGCUGCUACUCCUUCGCCUUCUGCUAAAGGACACCUCAAGGUUACUGGUAGGUCUGCGGUUUCUGAUGUCAAUGGUCAUAAGGAUGCAAGUGCGAGGGAAAGAAGCAGAGAUGACACACUAACUGUUGUUAGAGACCGAAAAGUCAGAAUAACCGAGGAUGCUUCUCUAUAUGCACUCUGUAGGUCAUGGUUGAGAAAUGGUGUAAAUGACGAAAGCCAGCCAGCACAGAAAGAUGCAACGAUGGCACUUCCCAAACCAUCGCCUGCAUCUAUCGUGGAUACCUGUACCUCAAACAAGAAAGAUGGUGAAAAUGAUGACGAUGAGCAAGAAGAGGAUGAGAAAUCUGUUGAGCACUUAUCAACACAAGAUCUAUUGAAGAGACAUAUCAAGCGUGCGAAAAGGGUCAGAGCACGUUUAAGGGAAGAACGGUCGCAGCGCAUUGCAAGAUACAGAAAUAGGCUAAGGCUUUUGGUUCCUCCGCCGGCCUGA